UUAGGAACCUCCGGGGGCGUGACGUGGCGUAACGUUGGGGAAAUUUGCGGGUGCUGAUUGGGGGACCGGAAAAAGAGUGGACCGCAGGCGCCGGACGUGACGUAAGCCGGAAGCGACUUUCCGCCGAGAAAUAGGGGGCGCGUGUUUGGAAAUUGGUACAAAAGAUGGAAAGCGAGCGAGCUGCUGAUAGUCUGCGUUACUGAUUUGCGUCCGUCUCAGCACAGAUUCAAUUACUAAGCUUUUUUUUUUUUUUUUUUCUUUUUUUGGUUCUUUGCAACGUGAGUGGUAUUGGCUCAGUGAUUUCCGUGACCAUCUCCACGAGAAAACAUUACCUCGAUGAGGUGUGGUGGAGACCAGGCAGCCGCUUCUAAUCGGCUAGGUUUGAAAAAGCGUGGACUUAUCUCUGCAUCUCCGAAUUUAACUCAGCUUGAUCGGCUAGAUUUUCUUCAGUACCUGGUGUCAAGCCACUCGUCACUAUUAAUUCGCAAAGAGGAAAAAACACCGUUUUCCAGCAUUUCUCUUGGUGGAGAGCUAAACAACAGGGAAAAUGUCUGUUUUCCCUAAGAUAUCUUUGAGACCCGAGGUUGAAAACUAUCUUAAGGAAGGCUUUGUGAAUAAGGAGAUUGUGUCUGCUUUCGGUAAAGAAGCAGCAGAAAGGAAGUUUGAAACUUUAUUAAAGCACCUGUCACAUCCUCCAUCAUUCACAACUGUCAGAGUGAAUACACAUUUAGCCUCAGUACAACAUGUGAAAAAUCUGUUACUUGAUGAACUUCAAAAGCAGUUGAACGGAUUAAGUAUUCCUAUUCUUCAACAUCCAGACCUUCAGGAUGUCUUACUUAUUCCUGUUAUUGGACCCAGGAAGAAUAUUAAAAAACAACAGUGUGAAGCCAUUGUUGGACCCCAGUGUGGCAAUGCAGUGUUAAGAGGAGCCCAUGUCUAUGCCCCAGGAAUUGUGUCAGCAUCAAAAUUUAUGAAAGCUGGAGAUGUUAUAUCUGUAUACUCUGAUAUUAAAGGAAAAUGUAAGAAAGGAGCCAAAGAGUUUGAUGGAACAAAAGUAUUUCUUGGAAAUGGGAUUUCCGAACUAAGCCGCAAAGAAAUCUUCAGUGGGUUACCUGCACUGAAAGGCAUGGGCAUAAGAAUGACAGAACCAGUAUAUCUCAGCCCUUCAUUUGACAAUGUACUGCCCCGUUACUUAUUUUUACAAAAUUUGCCAUCUGCUGUAGUAACUCAUGUUCUAAAUCCUCAACCUGGUGAGAAGAUUCUAGACUUGUGUGCAGCACCUGGAGGUAAAACAACACACAUUGCAGCACUAAUGCAUGAUCAGGGAGAAGUUAUAGCGCUAGAUAAAAUCUUCAACAAAGUAGAAAAAAUAAAGCAGAAUGCAUUAUUGUUAGGACUGAAUUCCAUCAGGGCAUUCUGCUUUGACGGAACAAAGGCAAUUAAACUUGAUAUGGUGGACACAGAAGGGGAACCUCCGUUUCUACCAGAAACCUUUGACCGAAUUCUUCUGGAUGCACCCUGUAGUGGAAUGGGACAGAGACCAAACAUGGCCUGUACUUGGUCUUUGAAGGAAGUGGCCUCAUAUCAGCCAUUACAGCGAAAACUCUUCACUGUGGCAGUUCAGCUGCUGAAGCCAGGGGGUGUGCUGGUUUAUAGCACAUGCACUAUAACACUGGCUGAAAAUGAAGAGCAAGUUGCCUGGGCCCUCACAAAAUUUCCUUGUCUUCAGCUUCAGCCCCAGAAACCACAGAUUGGAGGAGAAGGAAUGAGGGGAGCUGGCCUCUCUUGUGAACAAUUGAAGCAGCUGCAGCGAUUUGAUCCAUCGGCUGUGCCAUUACCAGACACUGACAUAGACUCUCUGAGAGAGACCAGAAGAGAAGACAUGUUGCAGCUGGCUAAUAAGGACUCUAUAGGUUUUUUCAUUGCAAAAUUUGUAAAAAGCAAAAGCACUUAGGAGAGGAUGGAUCCUCAGAAAUGAAAAUUCCAAACAUUUGCUGUCUGUGGUUUUGUUUUUUUUUUUAAACCAAAGUGUUGUCAGGCCAACUGAAUGAUGACAUGGUUGCUAAGGAAACAGAAAAGGCUGCCAGCUGUUUUACCAGGGAUCCAGAGACAUAAGGAAGUAGAGGGUGGUAUGAGACUAUAUUUUUUAUUUUUAAAAGAAUUUUUUUAUGUAUUUAGUAGAGUAUAAAGAAAAGGAGAAAACUGUAGAUGUCUGGAGCAUAUUUUCAUUUGCGAUCUAAUGUUUUAAUUUGUAAAGAAUAUAAGUCAUUUUUAAUGUUAAAAAUCAGUGAAUCUAACAAAAGAAAUAAAUUAGCAAUAUUUGAUGUGGUUAUGAAAAGUGGUUUUUGUUCCCAGGAUCCUAAAUAGUAGUUUCUUAAGAACUCAGGGCAUGAGAAAUAAAACAUUUACUAUGUGUCAAUACUGGAGGUAAAUAUUUUACCUGACUUUCUAUCUGCUUAUUUGGUAAGUCAACCCAUUUGGAACGAAGUCUGGGCCUCCUCUAAAUGAUAGUGUACUAGACUAUCAUAGUCUAAAAUGAUAGUCUAUGUUUAAUGUUUUUUAUAAUUUUAAACAAAGUAAAAUGGGUAUUUACUUUGUAGAUUUAGAAAAUGAGAUUAUUCUGCAGUUUGGGUAAAUUAUGUAUUUGAAACAUGUAAGUUAUUAGAAACUGCUUGGUGAGAAAGAAAAAGCCAGCUCUGGCCCUGGGAAGUGGCCUGGCCUGACCCUUAUAGCUGGGCUUUGUGUUCUCCUGUUGAACAUAAACAUUUCACUUAACACCAACAGCAGACAAGGCAGCUGGACCUAUCAUAGAUCCAGACAACAAAGACCACAGUCAAGUCUGGACUCAGACAAAAAAACAGAUCAUCCUUCGAGCUGCAAAAAUGGAUCCAAGCAUCCCACUGUAGUGGCCAAUGUUUUCUUUAGGACUUUCUCAUAACUAUUUAUUGUAUCCAUAAGGAUUGCAAGGUCUCUUGGAUCAGGUAAGACCUUUAGAUGGCCUCUUCCUUAAAGUAGUCUUUCUUGAAUACCCUUCCGUGAGGUUGGAUAGGUACUGCUCCCCUUCUCUCUGCCUUCUAGCACCCACAUCUAAUGUUCUCCUGGCACUUACUACACUCUGAUUCAACUAUUCUAGCCAUGCCGCUGAAGCCUCACCCCCACACUUGAAAAACAUCCUCCAGGCAGAGACCCUGUCCUGCCUUUUCUCUCCAUCGCAGCUUCAGAGCAGUCAAUAGAUACUUACUGUUUGAGAGAAAAAUUACUUCAAGCAAGCAAGCGUGUGUCUCUCUUACAUCCCUCAUUCUGCCUUAUAUCCUGUAGAUGUCAUUUCACUAAAGAGCCCUGUGUGACUUAUCUUUUCAGGGCUCAGCAUACCUCCUUAAACUUUAAAUGUGUUUUAAGAAGCUCUACAAAAAUCAUUUUCUGUCAUGCUUGCUGCAAAUCCUUAUUUGCUAAGCUGCGAUGAAAAUCGCAGAAAAUUAGCGUAGCAACAAACCUGUACUCAUGUAGAUGUUUGAUUAAUACCAACAGAUAUCAAAAUACAACCAAUGCCAGCAAAUAGAAGAAAAAUACUUACAUAAUGAAAACACGACAAAGAACACUGUUCAGAAUUGUUCCUUAAACAUAGCCAAUUUUUAGUGGGUUUCUACCUUUCAAAAACUUACGCAAAUGGAAAAUCACAUAAUCUUAAGGGACAUAGAAAUACUAGGAAAAAAUGUAGUAAGAAGGUGAAAAAAUCAGGGAAAUGUGAAGGAAAAUUACUAUGUAUGUUAACAUUUAGUAUUAACAUUUCUAUGAAACAGAAAAAAUUCUUAAGUUCAACAGUGAGUACAUUUACUUCAAAACGCUGCAUCAUGUUUUAGUUGAAAGAAGCAAAGUACACAUAGUUGAAAGUACAACGUAGCAGAAAUUAAACACUUGAUCCAGAACCCAUCAGGGACCCAGAUUAUUCUACUACAGCUCAGAUUUUAAAAAAUAUUGUAUCUACCUUGCGCUUUUUUAAACGGUAUAGGAAGUAAUAGGAAGAUUACUCAAAGAACAUAAAGUGCUUAGCAUUGCCCUUAAGAAAGAUGCCCCAUAGGUGGGAAGUGAAUAUUUAAUAUAGUCUCAACUACAUCAAUCAUUCCUGAGAUGGCAAUUAAUACUACUGAUAAACAGUGCAGAAGCCAGCUCUUUAUUUGUUUUAUAUGAAUUACUUUAAACCAGGUUUGUUAGACAGUUCAGUGUAGCUGACAGUGAAUGUUGCUGUAACAGGAAUGCAUAGCAGACCAUGUUAAAAAUGUGGCAUUGUCCCAAAAUACAACGUGACUAAGACAUCCUACAUUUAGCAGCACCUUUUUGUAACAGUAACUUAAAUGAGCAGUGGAGAAAGAGCAUAGGAAAGACUGAAAUGGGUAGGA